UGAUUUGUUCGACUAUUAAUGCGCUUCCUUGCAGUCCUUUCCAUCAUUGCAGACUUUUAGUCAAGCGGACAGUGGACCGUCACACUACCGAACAGAAUCCAGGAGGCAAUAAAAGCAGAUAACAUUAUGGACAAAGAAGUUGAAUGUACUUUGGCGGUGAUUGGUGUGAAGAGUUCUAGGUCAAAUGAUUAGUUCUGUGACAAGACAGCAUGACACUUUGAAGUAUGACAGAACCCCUGAUGCCGCAACAGAGGCUGGGAAUAUUAAUGGCCAAAUCUAGAGAUCACAUGGUCUUCUAAAGAAGUCAUGGGUAGCUGUUGUAGCUGUCCAGAUAAAGAAACUGUCCCAGAUAACCAUCGAAACAAGUUUAAGGUUAUUAACGUGGAUGAUGAUGGUAAUGAGCUGGGUUCUGGCAUAAUGGAACUUACAGAUACGGAACUAAUUUUGUACACCCGUAAAAGGGACUCUGUAAAAUGGCACUACCUCUGUCUCCGUCGCUAUGGCUAUGACUCAAAUCUUUUCUCUUUUGAAAGUGGUCGAAGGUGUCAAACUGGACAAGGAAUCUUUGCCUUUAAAUGUGCCCGGGCAGAAGAGCUGUUUAAUAUGUUGCAAGAGAUAAUGCAGAAUAAUAGCAUAAAUGUGGUAGAAGAACCAGUAGUAGAAAGGAAUAACCAUCAAACUGAGUUGGAAGCUCCAAGAACCCCUCGAACGCCUACCACUCCUGGGUUCAAUGCACAAAGUUUACCUAACGGCUAUCCCAGAUACCCAUCUUUUGGAGAUGCUUCAUCACAUCCUUCCAGCAGGCAUCCUUCUGUCGGAAGUGCACGUCUCCCCUCUGUUGGUGAAGAAUCAACACAUCCUCUACUUGUAGCAGAGGAACAAGUGCACACUUACGUCAACACUACUGGGGUACAAGAGGAGAGGAAAAAUCGAUCAAGUGUGCAUGCGCCACUGGAAUCAAAGCUUUCAAACACUGAAACAACUAAAGUGAAAGAAGAUCAGAUUUGUACUGAUGACAGAGAUGCUCAGGUUCUUCUGGAGCCUGAAGGAGUCAAGUUUGUUUUAGGACCAACACCUGUUCAAAGGCAGUUAAUGGAAAGAGAGAAACUGGAGCAACUUGGGAGAGACCAAGUUAGCGGCAGCAGCACAAACAACACUGAAUGGGACACUGGAUAUGACAGUGAUGAACGUAGAGAAACACCAUCUGGUAACAAAUUGGUGUAUGAAAAUAUAAAUAGGUUAUCAAUCCCUAGUGCCUCAGGGGUCAGAAGAGGUCGUUUGACAUCAACCAGUACCUCAGAUACCCAGAACAUUAACAACUCUGCUCAGAGGAGAACUGCGCUGUUGAACUAUGAGAACUUGCCAUCCUUGCCUCCUGUUUGGGAAGCCCGCAAGCUGAGUAGAGAUGAAGAUGACAGUUUAGGACCAAAGACCCCAUCUUUGAACGGCUACCACAAUAACCUAGAUCCAAUGCAUAAUUAUGUCAAUACGGAGAAUGUAACAGUACCAGCAAGUGCUCAUAAAAUAGAAUUUACACGACGUCGGGACUGUACCCCAACAGUCUUUAACUUUGACAUUAGGCGUCCAAGUUUAGAACACAGGCAGCUCAACUAUAUACAGGUUGACUUGGAAGGUGGUAGUGACUCUGACAACCCUCAGACUCCAAAAACCCCCACCACUCCACUUCCACAAACUCCAACCAGGCGCACAGAGCUGUAUGCUGUGAUAGACAUUGAACGAACUGCUGCUAUGUCAAGCUUGCAAAAAGCACUGCCCCGAGAUGAUGGUACUUCUAGGAAAACUAGACAUAACAGUACUGACCUGCCUAUGUGAGCCUGGGAAGCAUUAAAUCAUUUGCACCUUUUGUGAAGUUUAUAAAAUUGAAGAUGCAAGUACUUUGCAUUUCUUAACACUAACGCCUUUUAUAGACUAAUAGAACUUUUUCUGCAUAUUUCAUGUACUUGUCUAACUAAAGGGAAUUAAUGUAGAGCAAGUAUUCAUUUAGGUAACACUAUUUCAUUCUACAGUAGUAGUAAUUACUGCAUAGCAGCAUCACCACCUUUCACAGUGCCUCUUUAAAUUGAUUAGAGUCUGAGUGACAUGCCAGUUUUGAAUUUAUAAAUAUUCUGGUCUGGUGCCUAUAGUCAUUAAUGGCAUUUAUAACAGUUUUUAAAGCCUCUUGAUAUGUGUGUUUGUUAGCAGGUAAACCUAAUCUUUUAAGAUACAUAUCUACAUUCAUUCCUCAUUGACGUGGCUCCUUCAGAAUGAAAUGUAUGUAAUUCAUUAAUUCACUCAGUUUGAUGUACACCAGAAACAUUAGUUCAUCUCAAGGGAUAUAAGCACCACACUUUUUUGUCGUUUUUCUCUUUUUUUUUUUAUUUUUUUUUCUUCAAAGACCACAUGGGUAAGAAGGCAUCUAAUUCCCGAUAGUUUUAAGUUGUGUGAUGUUUGAGAGGUCAUAUCAAAAUUUGUUGAUCAACAUUAUGAGCACAUCUAAUCCCAGCCUUAAGCUACUUCAGCUAGAAGAGAAUUCCAAGUGGCAUAUCAAGUUCCCUGUGAAAUCAGACAGAAUUUUAAUCUCAUUAGAGUUUUUUUUUGAAGGAAUUCACAGGUUGGCUAUAUGAAUUAAGGCUCUUUUGUCAUUUCUUAGUUCAGUGUGCCUUCCUUUCUUUGCAUUUGUGCUUCUUUUUAUGUUCCGUAACGUCUUAAGAGUCAAAAUUUUGUACAUAGCUUUAAUUAUUGUUCAGGGUUGUGUAUGUGUUUGUCUUACUCUCUGCAUUUGACAAAGAAAGACUCUUGAAGGUCAAAUGUUUGUCUUUGUCCAGUGUUCUACUUUUUAAUGCCUGACGGAAAUAUCCCAGCUCUCCAGCAGCAUGCAUUAUUGCACAACUGGAAAGGUUUAUUAUGCAGUCAUUGUCUUCCUCUAAAGCAUCAGACACAGAUUACACGGGAGGCAGGGUACUGGACUUGAUAGUUCCUCAUAGAAAAUUGCACAUUCUAGCAAUGUGCAUCCAUAGUUGGUAGUAUACUUUAAUUUAGAAAGAGAUGUAGUAAAUUAUCUGAAGGUAGUAUUAUCUAUGAACAUACUUCUUUUGCAGUUGGUGAACUUGGUUACAAUAAUAGCUGCUCAGUGUUACAGGUACAUCCAGGUAGAAUGUCGUUUGAGUAUGCCAGAUGCACCCUUAGCAGAGCUUUUUUCCCUUUUUUUUUUUUAAUACUCUGAAUAAUUUUAGAAUUCUGGCAGUAUUGGAGGUGCACCUUGGUACUGGCAGCAGAAGAGAUUACUCGUGAGCCUGUGAUUGCAAAGGAACUGACACUUGUGAACUGGUGCGAUGUAAUAUAACCCUUGAACUGUGUGAGGAAAAACAUGCAAGAAAAGCCAUCUGAAGAUCUGGAAAAGAAAUAAGGGUCUUCAUGCAAUAUUUAAAUUUAAGUUUUAUUAAAAAUAUAUAUAUAUAUAUUUUCAGGUUUUUAAAUUGGAGUGUAUCCCUGUUCCUUUGUUAACGUUUUCUCUGUGCUUCUCUCAAUUUAGUAGUGGCAGCAGUGGUAGCAUCUGAAGUAUGUGUUUCUUGCCAUAUCAUUAAGGGAUAUCAGGCAGCCUUCUAACUCUGAAAAACUUUACAGACUGUAUGGUACUGAAAUACCAGAUGCACAAAGAACAGAAUUUACAGAAGUAAGAGAUGGGAGUUGUUGAGACCAUCACGAGGAACUUAAAUGAGACAAAUAAUAAUAAUUCAUUAAUGAUCUCACUGUCAACCUAUGCAUACUCAUGUGAUAGGAUAGACUUGUUGACUUGUGGGAAGAACUUGGUACUCAAGAAGGUAAAGGCUACCGUGUAGGUAGAGAUUUUUACAGGUCUGCAGUGUUAAUGCUCCUUCACAUCUUUGCCAUUGCUUUGCCUUAUGCCAAGGAACAGUCUUGUACUGAAGAGAAAUUACCAGGUGUUGCAAAAUAUUUACCGGUUGAUGAUACUGAUGUGAUUCUUGUUCUUAGUUUAAGAACAUGAAUUUAAGUUCACUUAAAUACGUGAGCCAGCCUAAUGCUUCACCAUGUGUUUUGAGGCAAAUGUGUUUGAUCUAGCUAGCUGCCUAGAAAUAUUUGGUCCUCAUCCGUAUAAUACAGGUGUCUCACAUAAAUACUGGUAAACUGAAACCUUAAGACAUUCCUGUGAGGCAGGGAGAUAAUAGUCUUAAUUGACAAAUAGGGAAACAGAGGUUUACAGUAGAUCCUAAGUGACUCGCCCAAAUUAAAGGAAACAUAUCCUCCUUUAGUCCUGGUGCACUGUCCUAUACAUUUAUCCUGAAUAGUCUCAGAUACAAGAGAUGGUCUGAGUAAUUUUUUUCUUUUAUGUUGCAAGUUUCACGAUACUUCAUUACGGCUCUUUUCUUAGCUGUGGCCCCCAGAAUUCAGAACAUCUUGAGGUUUCAUCUUCUGUGAUUUCUGAAUGCAUAGUCUUAGCAUUUUUUUUUAAUAUUCUAAAUGAAAUAUGCACCAAGCAGAAUUAAGCAAAAACCUUCUGUAGCCUUAAUUACAUUAACCAAUCUGGUACUAUAUUUUCUAGGACUUUUUUUUAAACCCUCUUUUAUUCUACAGACGGGAUAAUGCUUUUUUGUUGCAAACACACUGGUAGUCCCUGUUACCUGCACUGCUCAUCUUUAGCAUUCUUUUUUAUUUCUUUAUUUUACGCCCCUUGAAGUAGAUGUAGUUGCAAUGCACUUUACCCUUAGAGACUUGGUAAAUAUUGUUUCAGUUCAGUCUCUUUAAAGGUUGUGAUUUUAGAUUUAGCGUCUGUAAUCUAGGGUUCAGUUUUCAGCUGAAAUCUCACUACAGUAUUUGAUCAUAUUUAUAUUUUGGAUCCACAGGUGUAUAGACUGGGAAACAAACAUGAAACAAAAUUCUUUAGUAACUGGGAUGUUUUAAGUUUCCAGACACUAGCUCCUGCAAAAAUGGCAACAUCACCUUCAGGUCUAUCAUUCAUCCAUAGCAUGCAACUGGCUGCUACAAUAUUGGACAAAGAAAAGCCUUUAGUUAUAGAUAUUCCUUCAGUGCAAUGAUUUGUGAAAGACAUACAUUGGACUAUAUCUUUUUAAGAAGGAAAUUGAAUUGAUAAAAAA